UUCAUCUAAUGAAAAAACACCAUCUCCGGUAAAAAGAUCAAAGAUCCAAACAAUGCUUUCAAUAUUUGGAUCGGUCCAUAUCUUGGCUGUGGUGGGCAUACAACUCCUAAUUAUACCAAGUGUUUCGUCCCUUAACCUUACAAAUGCGUAUUUGCACCACAAAUGUAACAACACCGAAGGAAAAUAUAGCCACGGGAGUGCGUUUGAGAAAUAUAUCAACUUAGCUCUCCGUGCCAUCGAUUCAGACAAUUUUCUCAAUGGUUUCGGCUACAUCGAGAGAGGUGAGGAUCCCAAUAAAGUCUUUGUCAUGUACCAAUGUCGCGGGGACUCCUACGGGUCUAAGUGCCAAUCCUGCAUAAGCGCUGCCGUCACUGGGCUUCGUAGGAGAUGUCCAAGAAACAAGGGGGCAGUAAUAUGGUAUGACCAAUGUCUUUUUGAGAUAUCUACGAUCAACUCCUUCAAUAAGAUUGAUUACGAGAACGAUUUCUAUUUGUCAAACCCGAAAAACGUGAAUAAUAAGGAGUUGUUCAACAAGGAGACGUCGGCUCUCUUGGUGGAGCUAACAAAUAAAGCCACCGAUAAAAAUAACAUGGUAGGGAAUCAAUUUGUGCUGUACGCGGCAGGGGAAAAGAGAAUUGGAACGAAGAAUGUGUACGCAAUGGUGCAGUGUACGAAAGACUUAGUGACUACAACUUGCGCUGCGUGUUUCGAAUGGAUUUUCAAGAUGUUUUCAAAGUGCUGUGAUGGAAAGCGAGGAGGGAGAGUUUUGGGUACGAGCUGUAACUUUAGGUAUGAGUUAUAUCCCUUUCUUAGAAAUUAACGAAUGUACAGUGAGAGCUCUAUGUUAAAUGAAAGGGGUCCAGAGCCAAAAUACGGUCUUAUACAUUGGUUGCGUUUAGUAGUUGUUUUGAACGAAUAAAUGUAUUUCCUCUUU